AUGGCAUCCAAAACCAUCAUCGUCACCGGCGCCUCUCGCGGCCUCGGCUUGACCAUCUCCAAAUAUCUCCUCACAACCACGCCGCCAAAUAACGUGGUCAUCCUCGCGCGCUCCGCUGAACCGCUACAAGCCCUCAAGACACAGUACCCGGACAACGUCGAGUACAUCGCCGGCGACCUGUCCGACCACUCGCUCGGCGAGAAGGCGGUUGCACUGGCCCAGUCGCGUUUUGGCCGUCUGGAUGGGCUGGUGCUCAACCAUGGCAUACUGGGCCAGGUGUCGACUGUCGCAAACGCGGAUGUCGAGCAGUGGAAGAAGGGGUUCGAGGUGAAUUUUUUCAGCUUGGUGUCGUUUACAAAAGCUGCGCUCCCUGCUCUGAGGGAAUCCAAAGGAAAAAUCGUCUUUACAUCCUCCGGCGCAUCUACAUCGGCCAUGGGCGGAUGGGCUCUGUACGGAGCGACCAAGGCAGCCAUGAACCAUUUUACGCUGUCGCUGGCCAGCGAAGAGCCUGAUAUCACCUCCAUCUCCGUGCGACCGGGCAUGGUUGAUACGGAGAUGCAGCGCGAGAUCCGCGAGGAUCACGCCAACAACAUGCCAUCCGAUGCUGUGUCCAAGUUUAUUGGUGCGCACCGUGACGGCAAACUGCUAAAACCUGAGCUGCCGGGCCAUGUCAUGGCGAAGCUCGUGCUGGAUGCACCUAAUACAUUGAGUGGACGGUUCAUCACGUGGAACGACAAGGAUCUCGAAGCGUUUCAAGAGUAG